AAUUUUAGAAAAGGCUAUUUUCAUGUUCUUUCAUAUUUCAACAAAAUUCUCUCCUUACGAAAAGUUUAAUUAACCCUCUUUUAUAGGUACUAAUAACAAAAAUUACUUAACUCAUUUUAAACUUCAAACUUUUCCUAUUUCUUAAUUAGUUCUCCACCCUCCCUCUUUUUUUUAUUUUAUCGUUUUCUAAAACUUUUUCACUAACGUUUACAGUAAACGAAAAAAUAAAAUCGCUUGUAAAAAAAUUUCUCCCUCCCAUUUUAAUUAAUAAGUUAAAUAAAUUUAAAGGAAAAUACUUUGUCAAAUAUUGUCCCUCAAAAAUUCUUCAUUUAAAAGAAGUGUAUAUAACCACUAAAAAAAUCCCCUCUGUUGAAAUAUGAUAACAAAAGAUUCAUCUAAACUUAAAAAAUUAGUUGAAUUUGCCGAAAAAGGCGGUAUUGGAACAUGUGUAGCUAGUCAAGAUAUAAGUGCAAAGUCUGAAGCAGAUUUAAUGUUUUAUACUGGAGAAGUUAUAACUGUCUUGAAACAUAUUAAAGAUGAUAUAUAUCUUGGAUAUUGUGAAGGGGUUAUAGGGACAUUUAAAGGUAAAACGGUUAAAUUUAACGGAUCUUUAAAAAAUCCUAAAUCAAUGAAAUCAGAAAAAAAUAUAUCACCACCAAGUCAAAGUUCAUCAUCUGAAAAUAAUUAUGAUCAAAGCUCCCCCAAAAAGUCAAAUUCUAUUCAAUCUUCAGAUUCUGUAGAUAAAAAUUUAGGAUUUUUAGAUAUAGAAAAUAAAUCACAAUCACAGCCUAUAAUUAAUAUAAUACCAGAUCCUAGUGAAGAUGUUAAAAUAAUUAU